AUGGAACCAGCACCACCACCUCCAACUGAUCUCGGAAUAUAUCGCUUGUUGUCACCAACUGCAGCUGUUCGGGUAUCGCCACUCUGUCUGGGAGCAAUGUCGCUCGGUGAUGCUUGGGAGUUUAUGGGCACACAAACAAAGGAAAAUUCAUUCAAAAUUCUUGAUUCAUUUUUUGAUGCUGGCGGAAAUUUUAUUGACACGGCUAACAAUUAUCAAAAUGAGCAAAGUGAAACUUGGUUGGGAGAAUGGAUGGCAAAACGGCAAAAUCGUAGCCAAAUUGUAAUUGCAACUAAGUUUACAACUGGAUAUAGAUCGGACUGGAAGAAAGAACCAAUUCACGUUAAUUUUGCUGGAAAUUCAGCAAAGUCGCUCCAUGAAAGUGUAAAUGCUUCUCUGAAGAAGCUUCAAACUGAUUACAUAGAUCUUCUCUAUGUACACUGGUAA